AUGCAGAAACCAAAACAGUACUCAUCUGAUAUUUCUAAUGAUGCAAACAUGAUGGCUCAUCCAAUGUUCCAGCAUAAUCAGCAGCCACAACAGCAGCCACAACAGCCGCAAUCACAGCAACAAUCACAACCACAACAGCAACAGCAACAGCGACAGAUGAAUCAGGGACAACGUACGAGUUACGACUCAAAUAUCAACAUGGUAAACCCUGUCCCUAUUACAUUCUCUGAUAAAGGUUCCAGUUUCGAGGAUCCAGUAACUAUGCAUGCAAGACUAAAACUUGAUUACAUGAAAUCCUUCCAGGAUGACUCUCAUUUCUAUCCAGAAUUCCCAAAUCCAAAUGUUCCUGUUGUACCAAAUCAAUACAGUUCUCAUCCAUCUAUGAACAAUUUCAAUAAUAUUCAGUUACAAAAUCAAAACCAACCACAACAACCUCAACAGCACAUGUUUAGUUCUGAUCAACAAAGUUCGUUCAAUAGAUCAAACACUCCAAAUAAUGUGAAUUAUCUGCAUCAAAAGCAAUACAAUCAAAAGUUGAAUGACAGGGAAAAUUUAUUAUCCAUAUUAGCGCAAAAGAGCUUAGAAAAGCAACAACAUCAAUUCCAACAACAACAACAUCUAAAACAAAACAAAAGACCUAAUAGUCAACAUUAUUACCAGCAUCAACAACAAGGUGACCCAUACUUGGUUAACUGA